AUGGCAUCUGAACGGCUUCCAGGAAAUAUUUCUAAAAAGGGCAAUAAUGGAUUCGCAUUAAGCAAAGCGGAAGAUGGUCCUCCGCCAUACGAUAUACACCGGGUUGGACAAUAUUUCAGUAACAUCCCGGCUCUCAGGUUCCCCGAUCUUGGGCCAGCCACAGACAAGACCGUCACCAAGGACCAAUGUAUUUUACACCUGAAGCUACUUGCAGCAUUCGCCGACUUGCGCUCCACGGUCUCCACCGUUGACGGGCUAUUUGGGAUACAUGACUCCCAGGCAGACAAGUUUGGUGGUGGUGACGACAUGGCCAAAUGCAGGGCUUUGAUACGUAUCAGAGAGAAGCGCUGGGAAGUGUACACCUCCCGAGCAGUGGAUCGCUACGUGGAAUGGUGGACAAAGAUUGUGCCCGCUGGACAACUCCCUACUGUUUCCCAGAUUAUACAACUUCAAUAUUCUAUUAUAGGGUCCAACCCACUGCCCUGGUCGGCAAAUAAUUUGCCCCCUCUUGAUGUCCUCAUGGUUUGGCAUGCUCACAUGCUCAACCCUCGUGCUUACCUAGAAGACUGCAUCCGAGUCUCCAAGAUGGCCUUGUGGAACACCGACUUUCCCUGGCAGUUAAUUGACGACGCCAUAGAUACUCAAACCUUCAACUAUAACCCCAGUGACGAAGCAAUAAGGACUUUCACUGGGAUAACUGGGCGUCUUUGGGAUAAUCUGGAUGAGUCCGAAGAGAAGACUCUCGAGUGUCUUAUGUGUUCGCGCCAAUUGAAUGUCCCCUGGACAACAGGAGAGAUUGGACAUUCGCCAGAUUAUGCAUUUGAAGAGUGCACUGGAUAUGCCGACAGUGGCUUUGAGGCUUACUAUGUGGAAGACCUGCUAGCCUUUGACCAUCCAAUGCCCGGAACGUAUCUGAAUCUAAAUGGUGUUCCGAGCCAACUUCAGGAGCUUUCAUUCCCAAACGCUCUAAUCAAGGCUGGUCAACGUACAGUUUACAAUUGCAUCGAACCCGGCGGAACCGUGAACGACAUGAAUGGUGUGCGACGUCUUCUUGAAGCACAAAUGGGCAACUUGUACCUUAUCAAAACUAUCAGUGGCGACGGCGGAAAAGUCAGAUUGACAAAAAUUCAAAAAAUAAGUAUACGACGCAUGAUGUCCCAUUACUGGGAGAACAGUUCUAUGUUCGGCCUGGACCUCGUCGGGGCAGUUAUCCGGCAGGGUACAUUUAUACAAAAAAUGGAUAAUCUCGACUGGAUACACUCACCAGCUCUUUCAACGACGAUGGAACGAUUGAUUCUCAAAUACAUGACUUUUCUCGCAAUCAUGUUCAGUAACCCCACUAAAAUGGCUGUACCAACAUUAGAUGUUGAUCUUGCAUGGCACACACAUCAAAUGUCUGCGCCUCGAUACUACUACUAUACAACAAACCGAUCAGUCCGAUCCGGACCCCGGACAUUCACAAACCACGACGAUAAAGUCGACGAAGGAAAGCUCUCCGAUGCAUUCGAAUGGACCAGCAACGAAUACAAAGUCAUCACCAAUGGCGAGAUAUACAGUGAAUGUACCUGCUGGUACUGUGAGGCCACACGGGAACCCAUUUUAUACUCCGGUAGCACCAUGGUUUCAUCAACAACAAGACAUGCGCGCACACUAGCCAAAAAUUUACAUGACGACCCAACAAUCUCCUCAGAGCCGGAUAAAAACCCACAUAUUUCUACACAUAAUGCUGUGCGCUCCCGCAAAGUGGAGGCCCCAGAGGACGUAAGAACGAUGCGUCUCCGAGGACUGUGGGAUAAGGCCUGUCGUCGAGCACAGAAACGACGCGAGAAGGAGGGCAGCGCCGGUGAAGGUAACAACACCUUAACGAUGGAUGCUUAUCAUCCGAUGAUAUGGGGCUAUCCCUAUUAUCUUCCACUGUAUUCGCCAUACAUGGUGGACCCAAGCAUUAGUACUGGCCCUUAUCCCAGCAACCCGGGCUGGAUGAAUGCCAAUGUUGGGGGAUACGGUAACUGUGCUACGGGGACAUGUACCAAUGCUGUCGCGAUGGAGGAUCAGAAAAAUCGCGCCCAUCACAAGGGCAAGGAGAAGAAGAAAUAUGAAGGUCAAAACCCUAAGGCGUUCGCUUUCUCGAACCCUGGAAAAGGUAGAAGACAAGCUGUGAGGUCUCACGAGCUCAAAGAAAAGCGCCUUCAUGUGCCCCUCGUCGACCGUCUCCCAGAGGAAGCCCCGCCAAUUGUGGUUACAGUCGUUGGACCCCCGGGAGUGGGCAAAACAACUCUGAUCAAGUCAUUGGUUAAACGAUACUCGAAGCAAACCCUCAGCUCUCCAACAGGGCCUCUUACAGUUGUCACAUCCAAGCGCCGGCGCCUCACGUUUUUGGAAUGCCCCUCAGAUUCCCUGGCCAGUAUGGUCGAUGUCGCCAAGAUUGCGGAUAUCGUCUUGCUCAUGAUCGACGGCAAUUAUGGCUUCGAGAUGGAGACAAUGGAGUUUCUCAACGUGUUGGCGUCAAGUGGGAUGCCGGGAAAUGUCUUUGGCAUUUUGACCCACCUCGAUCUAUUCAAAAAGCAGAGCACAUUAAAAGCCGCAAAGAAGCGACUAAAGCAUCGUUUUUGGAGCGAGCUUUACCAGGGCGCCAAACUCUUCUAUCUGUCCGGAGUGUUGAAUGGUCGGUAUCCAGACCGUGAAAUACACAACCUCUCGCGCUUUCUUUCCGUUAUGAAAAACCCACGUCCUCUCAUCUGGCGCAACUCACAUCCUUACGCUCUUGCCGAUCGCUUCUUAGAUAUUACACCACCUACUGAAAUUGAAGAAGACGAAAAAUGUGACCGCACAAUAGCGCUGUAUGGAUACCUACGAGGCACGAAUUUUCCCGCUCAGGGUGCCCGCGUCCACGUUCCUGGUGUUGGAGACCUUACAGUUUCUGCCAUCGAAGGGCUACCUGACCCUUGUCCUACGCCUUUUAUGGAUCAACAAGUUGCAAAAGCAACAGGUAAAGGUGCCCGGAGAAGACUAGGAGAAAAGCAGAAACUACUGUUCGCCCCCAUGUCCGACGUCGGUGGUGUCCUGAUAGACAAAGAUGCCGUGUACAUCAACGUCAAAUCCGCCACUUUUAAUCGAGACGAAGAUGAAGAAGAUGAUGAGAAUCGGGGACUAGGAGAGCAGCUCGUCAUGGGUCUGCAAGGUGAACGGAAACUGCUUGGAGAAGCUGAUGUCGGCCUCCGACUUUUCAAAGACGGAGACACAAUCUCAAGAGAAGACGAAGAAGUCGGUACAGGCAGGAAGCAUAAGCGAUCAGUUCGUUUCAUGGACGAUGGCGUUGGACAUGUUUCCGAGGAGGAGGUCGACGAUGAAGGAUUUGAAAGCGGAAAUGACGACGAAUUAGAUGGUGGAGUAGAGGGAGACUCCGCUGACGACAUAUCUGACAAAGAGGGCGACGACGAAGUUCAAACACCGGCAGACUUUACAGCUAGCUUCCGUGAGAAGCAGAAUGGACAGUCUAAAAAUGCAGAAGACGAUAUCGCUUUUGCUGACAGCGACUCGGACCUUGGCUCCAUCUCGUCGGUUGAAGACCAGGAACUGGAAGAUGGGUCAGACGAGGACGAAGACGAAGACGAAGAUUUCGAAGUAGAUGAUGAUGACGAUAAUGAGGGCGCCUUACGAUGGAAAGAUAACAUGAUUGAAAAUGCCAAAGCCCUCCAUGGAAAGCGCCCUAGCUAUCGUGUCACCGACCUUAGCCGUAUGCUUUACGACGAAUCCAUCACACCCGCUGAAGUCAUCUCGAGAUGGAAAGGUGAGGAUCAGGCUGGUGGUGACGAUGUGGAUGGUGAAGAAGAGGACGACUUUUUCAAAAAGGCAGACAUUGAGAAUGAGGGAGAAUGGGAGGAUCGGACAAUCCCCGUCUUUGAUUAUGAAGAAUUAGAGAACAAAUGGUCCGAGGAGGAUGCGGUGGAAGCCUUACGUCGCCGGUUUGUCUCUGCAAAGCUCUCCGAGGGUGCGGAUAGCGACGAAGAUGAAGACGAAGAUGAAGGUGAUGAUGAAGGCGAUGGCGCAUUCGAAGAUUUGGAAACUGGCGAAGUUUUCAACGGCUUUGAUGAAAAGCUAGGAGAAGAUGCAGAUAAAAGCGAAGCAGAGGGAGAUGAAGCUGAAGGUUCGGUUAAUCUUGAAGCUGAGCGUGAGCAAAACGCCAAAAAGAAGGAAGAACUACGAUUGCGAUUUGAAGAGGAAGACCGUGAAGGUUUCGCCAAUGCAAAGAACGGGGAUCGUAACGAGGACGAAGGCGAGCACGAGUUUGGUGAAGAUGACUGGUACGAUGCUCAAAAAGCACAGCUGCAGAAGCAGCAGGAUAUCAACCGUGCCGAAUUCGAGACGCUCGAUGCAGCCUCUCGCGCACGAGCCGAAGGAUACCGAGCCGGCACUUAUGCACGUAUUGUGCUCGAAAAGGUGCCGUGCGAGUUCUCAACCAAAUUUAACCCCCGGUUCCCAGUCAUUGUUGGUGGUUUGGCUCCAACUGAAGAACGGUUUGGUUAUGUACAAGUUCGUAUCAAAAGGCAUCGAUGGCACAAGAAGAUCCUCAAGAGCGGCGACCCGCUCAUUUUCUCCCUCGGCUGGCGACGCUUCCAGAGUCUUCCUAUGUACAGCAUUUCCGACUCGCGGACUCGCAACCGCAUGUUGAAAUAUACUCCAGAGCAUAUGCAUUGUUUUGGGACAUUCUACGGCCCCCUGGUGGCUCCCAACACCGGGUUUUGCUGCGUUCAGUCAUUUUCCAACAAGCUUCCCGGUUUCCGUAUCGCAGCAACCGGCGUAGUCCUAAACGUCGACGAGAGCACGGAGAUUGUGAAAAAGCUGAAACUGACCGGUUACCCAUACAAGAUCUUCCGCAACACGGCAUUCAUCCGAGACAUGUUCGGUACUUCGCUAGAGAUUGCCAAAUUCGAAGGCGCAUCUAUCCGCACUGUGUCCGGCAUCCGGGGUCAGGUCAAACGCGCGCUCAGCAAACCAGAUGGACAUUUCCGAGCCACAUUUGAAGACAAGAUAUUGAUGAGCGAUAUCGUCUUCUUGCGUGCCUGGUAUCCCAUCAAGCCCCACCGAUUCUACAACCCGGUUACCAACCUGUUAGACCUGGAUGAGAGUGCUUCUGGUGAGAACGGAUGGCAGAGAAUGCGUCUGACUGGCGAGGUUCGCAAAGCCGAGGGCAUUGCAACUCCUCUCCAGAAGAACUCCCAGUACAGCACCAUUGAGCGGCCAACACGGCAUUUCAACCCCCUCCGCGUCCCUCGUCAGCUUGCAAAGGAAUUGCCCUAUAAAUCGCAAAUCACUCAGAUGCGGCCACGGAAAGAGCAAACCUACGUGCAGAAACGUGCAGUUGUUUUAGGCGGCGAAGAGAAGAAGGCCCGCGACCUGAUGCAGAAGCUCAGCACCAUGCACAACGAUAAACGGGCCAAACGCGCCGCAGCACAGGAGGAGCGCAAGCAGGUCUACCGUGCCAAGGUGGCCGAGAACGCUGAAAAGAGGGCUGAGCGGGAGAAGCGCGAGAAGAAAGAUUACUGGAGACAGGAGGGCAAGAAGAGAAAACACACAGAUAGCGAAGGUGGUGGUAGAGGUGGUAAAAAGCGUCGGUGA